UAUAAUAAAACUAAAAUUUUCAGUACAUAAAUUUAUUAAUUUUUAUCCUAAAUUAAAUUAACAAAAUGAACAAAGCAUUUGCUGUGAAACAUUUAAAGCGCGGAAUAUGUAUUUUUAUCCUGAUAAAACUAAUCAUGUUCCUGCAGAACGUUGUCUUCCCUAAACCCGUAUUUACCAACUCCAGGACGGAUUACCCCCUGGAGAAGAUUUACAAUGAUGAGACCGGAACCUUCCAGCUCAUUGAUCAACCGGAUGCGUCCUUCCUUCUUAAACCCAGAGAAGGAUGUGUUAAGGGACAGAGCUCGGUUUUCAUGGCUCUUUCCUCUCCUAAAAACACAGAGAAAAGAGACGCACUGAGGAAGCAGUUUGAAGAAUUGGAAGAUGUAAAACUAGUUUUCUUGCUCGGGAAGCUGAGCAGCUCAGAGCAGCAACAAAAGCUGCAAGAAGAACAGCUGCUUCAUGGAGAUAUUAUACAGAACUCAGUAAUGGAUGCUUACUACACGCUGGCAUACAAGUCUCUCAGUGGAUUCAUUUGGGUCAACAGGUAUUGUGGAAAUGUUGAUUACAUUGUAAAGAUUGAUGACGAUGUAAAAGUAAAUCUUCCAGCUCUCAGAUCCAAGAUGACCGCCAAGUACCCAGCAGGGCCCCCUCCUACUGUACAGUGUCCCAGCGUAAUGCGCAACAUGCGACCCUGGCGGCACAAUCAUACAAAUACAGUUAUGGGAAAGUGGAGCGUUACAAGGACUGAGAUGUCAAGACGAGUUCAUCCUGAUUUUUGCCCUGGUUGGCUUUACUACACUACACCAAAGGCCGGAUUAGCUCUGGUGCAUAUUGCAGCUGAAACUGCACAGGAACUGAAAGCUGUGACUAAGCUGGAUGAUAUUUACGUUACAGGCUUUCUAAGAGAACGUCUUCCUUGGAUCAAACUUGAACAAUUUGAUGGAGGGUAUACGGGUCUAGCAUGGAACAGUUUUCUUUCCCAAUGUCCUUUCCUCGGGAUUUCAAAGACAAUUUUCUUGAACGACGUGGUUCUGGACAAGGGGAGCGGGAACAUCUCCUACAUCAAGGGAGGCUGGUUCUACUUCUGCGCCUUCCUGGAGUUCUUUGUAUUCGAGAACCUAGAGUACAUUCAUCCGUCCUUAGCUCCUGAUUCAUUAUGGGAUAUCUGUGCCAGAUAAAUCAGAUUCAUUACGGGAUAUCUGCGCCAGAUAAAUCAGAUUCAUUAUGGGAUAUCUGUGCCAGAUAAAUCAGAUUCAUUACGGGAUAUCUGCGCCAGAUAAAUCAGAUUCAUUAUGGAAUAUGAUGUAUAUAUCUAGUAUAUAAGUAUGUAUAUUAUAUAUAAUCUUCUCUUUAUUUAAGAAUUCAGUAUGUAUAAUCUAGUAUAAAAGUAUGUAUAAUAUAUAUAUAUAAUCUUCUCUUUAUAUAAGAAUAUAGCAUGUACAUAUCUAGUAUAUAAGUAUGUAUAAUAUAUUGCAGAUAAAUCAGAUUCAUUAUGGAAUAUCUGCAUCAGAUAAAUCAAAUUCAUUAUGGGAUCUCUUAGUCAGAUAAAUCAGAUUUAUUAUGGAACAUCUGCGUCAGAUAAAUCAGAUUCAUUAUGGGAUCUCUUCAUGAGAUAAAUCAGAUUUAUUAUGGAAUAUCUGCGUCAGAUAAAUUAAAUUAAUUAUGGGAUAUCUGUGCCAGAAAAAUCAGAUUCAUUAUGGGAUAAAUGCGCCAGAUAUAUAGGAUUUAUUAUGGGAUAUCUAUGCCAGAUAAAUCAGAUUUACUGUGGGAUAUCUGCGCCAGAUAAAUCAGAUCAUCAAGGCAUAUAUGUGCCACAUAAAGUAAAUAUUGUAUUUAAAAAUAAUGCAGUAAUCUAGAAAUCUCCCAUCAUUUCAUACUAUUUCUACCCUACACUCUACAGGAGAAAUAGCAGUAUUUAAAAUAAUGAUUAAAAAUCUUGUAGAAUAAACAUUAUAAACAUUGGUUUACACCAACAAACAUUGUAAACAUUGGUUUUUGCCCACAAACAUUUUUAUAGUCUCUAGACACAUACAAUUAAAAAUAAUAUUGUGUUUCAUUGCAAGAUAAAAAAGGUGUUGGCAUUGAAAAAAAAGAUUAGCCUGUAUCUGAUAUUUGAUUUAAUGUCUUAAAGGGACUGUAAAGGAAACAUGAAAGGGAGUAUAGGAUGAAACCUUAGAAUCUCAGGCAUUGAACGAUACAAAUAAAACAUCUAUCUUAUGUUCCUUCUGUAAAGUUGGAGAUCAACAGCACUAGAAGUGAACUCCAUUCUACUCUGAAAAAUUACACAAUAUUAAUAAUAGUAAUAAGCAAACCCAGACUUUCUAGAGCAUCUGUCAGAGAAGGCUAGUGUCCCAUGUGAGCUGAGUGUGAGUUGAGCUUUUAGAACUUAAGCUUUUUAACCAAACUACUGUUCAUAAUUUUCAGCUUAUCAUGUCUGCGCUUCAUGGUUUUUUUCCUUUGCGAUUGCAUGUUUUCUUUUCUUUACCGUUUUUUCCAUCAUUUCAUUGAGAACCUCGAAGAAUUCACCGGCAGAGUCUAUCGUUUCUUUACCGUCCUCAUGCUCCCCUUCUGAAUAUUUACCCACUUCAUCAUCUGCAUCAUUAUGAUAAGCAUAGCUAUAUUCUUCAUAUAAUCUCUUCAGUUCCUCAUUCACAUUGUCUAGUGCUAUUAACCCUAUCCCCGCUGGGGUACUUGAAAACCAGGAUACGCUGGGGGGGGGGGGGUCAAUU